GGCCUGAGCGGGCGGCUCGGGCCGGGGGCCGGGAGGGGGCGCCGCCGGGUCCACGCGCCGCCGUCGGGCGCAGUCGGGGAGCGUCGGGUCCAGCCGCGCCGCGCAGGUGCCACUAAGACACUUCAAGCUCUGAGCUCCGCAGUGAAGUGUGUGGCCUCGUCCUUCCGCACGGCCCGGCCCCAGCAAGAGCAAGAAGAGGUCGUUCAAGUCCCACUCGCCUCCCGGGGUCGCCUCUACAGCAACACCCACAGGGGCCGCUCCUAGAUUCCCCCCUCAACAAGUACCCCCUUUACUUCAUUGCUUCUUGGGGUCCAGGGACCUGAUUCUUCCAAAAGCCCCUUGUCCUAUUUCAGGCCCUCGCUGGAAACCCAGGGACCUCCCACCGCAGUGUUUCAGUGCCUUCCAGUACAUUCCACCGCACCAUUAUUUCCACGUGGGCACUGACUUCCUCCAUCCUCCACUAACACCGCCUGUCAUCCCUGCCUGACUCAUUCCUCUCUCUGAACACGCUCCUCCACCCCACUGCCAACUUUUGUGGGAUCCCAACUCUCGCUCAGUUUCCCAAUUCCUCACUCGGCUCAGUUUAAGUCCACAAUCACCUCCUUGACAUAGCUCCUUGUUAACCCGCCCAUCACCUAACUCCUUUUUUUCCCCAUCCACCGUCUUCCUCUAGGCUCCCCUCUCCCUUGACCACUCUGGCACCCCACCUCUAGGUUCUGCUUCUUGUCUUGCCAGGCCACUGACUCCCACCAUGUUGCCCUGAGCCUCCAAAUCGGGGGGCUCAGGGGGCCCCAUGGCCUCCUGCCCCCAGUCGACCCCACGCCCCUGUGGGCUCGGGGAAGAUCCCACACCCACGCAGCGCUGAGCAUGGGCAACCGCACGUGGGAGGGCUGCCACGUGGAUUCCCGAGUGGACCACCUCUUCCCGCCGUCCCUGUACAUUUUCGUCAUCGGCGUGGGGCUGCCCACCAACUGCCUGGCCCUGUGGGCCGCCUACCGCCAGGUGCGCCAGCGCAAUGAGCUGGGCGUGUACCUGAUGAACCUGAGCAUCGCCGACCUGCUGUACAUCGGCACGCUGCCGCUGUGGGUCGACUACUUCCUGCACCACGACAACUGGAUCCACGGGCCCGGCUCCUGCAAGCUCUUCGGUUUCAUCUUCUACACCAACAUCUACAUCAGCAUCGCCUUCCUCUGCUGCAUCUCCGUCGACCGCUACCUGGCCGUGGCACACCCGCUGCGCUUCGCCCGCCUGCGCCGGGUCAAGACGGCCGUGGCCGUGAGCUCCGUGGUCUGGGCCACCGAGCUGGGUGCCAACUCGGCGCCGCUCUUCCACGACGAGCUCUUUCGGGACCGCUACAACCACACCUUCUGCUUCGAGAAGUUCCCCAUGGAGGGCUGGGUGGCCUGGAUGAACCUCUACCGGGUCUUCGUGGGCUUCCUCUUCCCCUGGGCGCUGAUGCUGCUCUGCUACCGCGGCAUCGUGCGCGCCGUGCGCCGCAGCGUGUCCACCGAGCGCCAGGAGAAGGCCAAGAUCAAGCGGCUGGCGCUGAGCCUGCUGGCCAUCGUGCUGGUCUGCUUCGCGCCCUACCACGUGCUCCUGCUCUCCCGCAGCGCCGUCUACCUGGGCCGCCCGGGCCACUGCGGCUUCGAGGAGCGCGUCUUCUCCGCCUACCACAGCUCGCUGGCCUUCACCAGCCUCAACUGCGUGGCCGACCCCAUCCUCUACUGCCUGGUCAACGAGGGCGCGCGCGGCGACGUGGCCAAGGCGCUGCGCAACCUGCGCCGCUUCCUGGCCAGCGACAAGCCGCAGGAGAUGGCCAGCGCCUCCCUCACCCUGGACACGCCGCUCUCCUCCAAAAGGAACAGCACGGCCAAGGCCCUGGCCGCGAGCUGGGGGCCCGUGCCGCAAGCUCGGGGGGAUCAGGUGCCCAUGAAGAUGCUACCACCACCGCCCCAGGCCCAGUGAACCACUACCCCCACCCCAGCAGCGAUGGGCGCGGAGCCCCGCCCACCCCGAGCCCCGCCCCUCUUAGCCCUGCCCCUGAGCCAUGUGCCCUUUAAGCCCUGCCACCUCCAAGCUCCACCCUUCACUGGCCCCCUCCAGCCUGUUCCGUUGUAUGCAAAUUGUAUGUAAAUGAGGGAGUUUCAUAAUCCUAAAGUAGAAGAACCUAGGGAAAGAUUUCCUGGUCCACCCUCCUCCUUUCCAGUGAUGCCCUAACGAUUUAGUGCCACGCCCUGUGCUGGCAGCUGCUAGUGACAGACAUGACACGUCCAAUGCAGGCUCUGUGUACAAUAGAGCAUCCCACAUCCAAAAAGGGUACUUGAUCCAGCUUAAGGUCAGGACUUCCAGGAAAAGGUAGAGAGGGGCAGAAAGUCAGACUUUGGUUUAUCAUAAAACUAAACAAAGUCAGGAAGCUGCCCUCCUGGGUAUGGGCUGAUUCUAUCCCAAUAUGACAGGGUCAUUUUGUCCUGGGCCCACUGGCCUGAGGAGUGUUUUAUUACAGAGAUUCAUUUGCACUAUCUCUGUUAAACCCAGUGCUAGCCAGGCUUGGGGACAAAUCAGCAGAAAGACUGUGACAAGGACAGCCUGGUGGGGUUCUCACGAAGUGGGUCAACAGUGAUGUUUGAAAUUGGUAAGUGCAGCAGGGAGAAACAAAGCCAAAAGGGGGGUCCGUGGAGUAAUAUGGGGUCUGGUUUUAGCAAGGUGGAACAGGGCAUAGCUUUACUCAGUAGGUGGCAUCUGUGCUCAGACCUCCAGGAGGGAAGAGCCCUGUGUCUGUUGGGGGGAGAGCACUGCAGAGAGAAGAUCGAGUGCCAUGAUACUGGGAUAAAAUUCCUGGGUCUUGAGGUCUAGAGAUUAAACGGGAGCUGCAAGGGGUCUGGAACAGAAGAAGGAAGCUAUUUGACUCAAGUGUUAAAAGUGCAAGGGGUAGUGUUUGUUGAGUGGGGGGCUGGGAGGGCAGAAUUUGAGACAAAAGGAUUAAAGCUGGGAGCCCCUCAAGGAGGUGGAGGUGAAAGGCGAGGAGGUAAAGAGGCAAGGAGAUGCUGGCAUCAGACCAACACAACAGUAGUAAAGUUAGCCUGGUGUGAUGGCCAUCUUUGGUGUGUAUUUAGACAGAAAACUGACAGAAGAAGCACCACGGGAGGGUUGUAUCACAUGGAACCUUGGCCCAUCCUGGGAAAAGGGUGCCCAGGGGGCCUACACUGAAUGAUCCCAGGCUCCACUUCAGGGCGGUCACCAGAGAGGCCAAGCCACUAGGUCAGGGCAACACAGCCAGUGAGUCAGCCCUGGAGCCCUCCUGGCCUCCCUCCCUCAGCUCUCUGUUCCCACGCCCUAGGAUGGCCAAGGCUCAGUCCUGGCUCUGAGGGGUCAUUUGCAGAGCUGGAGGAAGGCUGUGCCCCUUAGGGUAGGUAACUUUGCUUCCUGCCUCUUUCUGCAUAUGUAUGCCAGGGUCUGAGUUGCUGAUGGGAUCUGAGGGUCACACACACACACUCUCUCUUGCCUUAGAAGAGGUUCCUGGAAUUCCUGCUCAACAAAAGGAAGAGGGGGAGGAGGGGCGAGAGACUAAAACCAACUUAAUGAGAAAAAUAGUUUUGCAGAAGGGCGGGAGAGUUCCUGGCAGGCCGGAAAUUGGUGCUUUGGUGGUAUUGGAGGGACGGAAAAAUAAAAUCGACCAUCGACCGGGGAUAUGAGGGCAUUUCCUGGUCACCAUACCAUAAAGUUACUUGGACGGAGGUGCAGGGGGACAGAGCCAGCCCCUCUGGAGAAUUGGAUGGAAGAAUAUCGGUCCUUUACCAAAUAUUACUUCCCAUUCGCUCAAUAAAUAUUUAUU